AUGUUGACUUCAUCCUCCGCCCUUCUGCACACGACGCAGCUCAUCUCCCUUACGACGUCCAUAUUCCUCUCGGGCAUCAACUUUGGAGCCUCGCACUUGUUUGUGCCUGUACUGCACCAUCUCGAUGCCCAGACUGUCGCGCCCGCCGCCCUUGCCGCGCUCUACCACCGCGGCGCCCGCCUCGUCAUACCGCUCGCCAUUCUCUCCACGACGGCAGCGGCCCUGACCGCCGCCCAGUCCUCGGGCCGCGACAGGACAAGGUGGAUUAUCGCGGCCGGUGCCACCCUGGCCAGUCUGCCCUUUUCCAGGAUCGUCAUGAGGGAGACCAAGCCCGUCAUGGUAUCACGGUGGACCGACGACGACGUGAAGGAUGCCGAGGAGAGUACGGCCUUGCAUGUUGGCGAGUCGUCGCUUGAUGACGCCGACAAAGAGGCUGUGUCUCGACAGCUGAGGCGCUGGAGGAGGCUGAACCUCUUCCGCAGCACGUUGGCCCUGGUUGGUGGGCUGGUGGCGGCAACAACCGUUGUCUAUCGCGGUUGA